AUGGCUCUCCAGAAGACUCUUUCAUUGCUUCUGUUCUUGCUGCUGACCCUGCUGGGGUUGGGGCUGGUGCAGCCCUCCUAUGGCCAGUCUAUGUACCAACGAUUCCUGCGGCAACAUGUGGAUCCUACUGGGACAGGUGGAGACGUUAAAUACUGUAACUUGAUGAUGCAAAGACGGAGGAUGACUCAGAAUUAUUGCAAGAAAUUCAAUACCUUCAUCCACGAAGACAUCUGGAAUAUUCGUAGCAUCUGCAGCACCACCAAUAUCGAGUGCAAGAAUGGCAAGAUGAAUUGCCAUGAGGGUGUAGUGAGUGUUACAGACUGCAGAGAUACAGGAAGUUCCCCAGCCCCCAACUGCAGAUAUGGGGCCAGGGCCAGCACUAGGCGUGUGGUCAUUGCCUGUGAGGGUAACCCCCCGGUGCCUGUGCACUUUGACAGAUAG